GUUUUUUUUAGUUUUUUUUUUUAUCACAGGAAGAAGGUUCAUUUCGAAAGUUGUGUUGAUUGUUCCAUCUGUUGAAUGUCUGGUCUGCCACAUCUCACAGCUCCUGUCCUGGAAAACAACCUCCGACUUCACCCCUGCAGCAGCCGAUGCUGCUAAAUCGAAACCAUGUCGGUUUAAUAGAGAAAUUACACUUAACGGCAGCGGGUCGGUAGGUGUUGUUAUUUAUGUGCUGCAGGUAACAGCAGAGUGGUGAGAUGGCCAUCGCACAUGUGGCUACAGAGUACGUGUUCAGCGAUUUUCUUCUGAAGGAGCCGAACCAGGCUAGAUACCGCGGCGUACGGACUGAGCUGGCUGUGGACAAGAUGGUGACCUGUGUGGCAGUGGGUCUGCCCCUCCUCCUCAUCUCCCUCGCCUUUGCUCAAGAGGUUUCAGUUGGGACUCAGAUCAGCUGUUUUGCUCCGACUAACUUCUCCUGGAGGCAGGCUGCUUAUGUGGACUCGUACUGCUGGGCCGCCGUACAUACACACACUCUACCUCUGUGGCUUCACAAGUUCUUCCCCUACAUACUGCUGUUGGUGGCCGUGCUGAUGUACACCCCCGCGUUGUUCUGGAGAUUUUCCGCCGCACCCCUCCUGCAGUCGGACCUCGGCUUCAUCAUGGAGGAGUUGGACAGGUGUUACAAUCGUGCCGUCACCCUGGCCAAACGCAUGGCCACCUCAGGACUGCUCGCACCUGACAGCGACCCCACCGAGGGCUGUUUCAAUUACCCGCUGGUGGAGAAGUUUCUGAUGACCAAGCGUUGCUCCCGGGUGAUGCUGUUUUACUACCUGUCAUGUCGCGGCCUGACUCUCAUCACCCUGCUGUGUGCCUGCAUCUACCUGGGUUACUACCUCCGCCUGGCCUCCGUCACAGAUGAGUUUGGCUGCGGGCUUCGUGUCGGCCUGCUCGCCUCCGACCCUGGCAUCCCCGACAAGGUGCAGUGUAAGCUCAUCGCCGUGGGAGUCUUCUCUUUGCUCAGCCUUGUCAACCUGGUCCUGUUCAUUGCAUUGAUUCCAGUGGUGAUCUAUGCCAGCCUCCGUCCCCUCCUCUGCCAUGGAUACGCCCGAUUCCUGGAAACCUACCAAUCACUGCCCACAGUGAGCGUCCUGCCCACCCCCGGGGGCCAGUGGGAUGAUCUCUCUCUCUAUCUGCUCUUCCUGGAGGAGAACAUCAGCGAACUGAAGUCCUACAAAUACAUCAAGGUGUUGGAGUUGUUGAGGAGACGAGGUGAAUGCUCUGGAGAAAACUUUGAUGCCCUGGGUCUGCUGCAGACUCUCUGUCCGGUGAAGAUGGACAACGUGGAUGGGAAUAAACGUCCCGGCGCUGCAGGGAAACGGGAUCAAGUAAAAACGAACGCGGCUGACUCUGCAAGCGACCCCACAGCGGCCAACGCUGCAGCAGCUCAGAACAGCUGCAACCGUCCAAACUCAGCAGCAUGCGACAACGGCACGAUGGAAACCGAGAUGAAAGCCACUAGAUCUCGACCAGAUAUGUGAAAGGUUGGAGAGAGGCAAGACACGAGGACGACUCUGGGGACACAUUCAAGGCAACAUUACAUUUCAGCAAUAACCUACUGAAGGCUGUAGUUUCAGUUCUACGGUGCGUACUAUUAAUAAUAUAUAUAAUUGUAUUAUUUAAAUAUGGUAGAUGGCUAAAAAUAAUAGUAAUUAGUUCACAACUCUUAAUAUAUUUAUAAGAGCUGUUAUACUCACACUUCAGUUGUCAUCCAUCUUCUUACUGAAAUGCAUUCCUGCUGUCCUCUUCCUCAGGUGACAGUGUCAUGAAAUACUGCGGUCCUACAAAUGUGUUCCUGAAACUGCAGCCGCUGGUUCUGCAGGAGCACCCUACUUGAGAGUCAGGGUACUACAUCCUGGUCAGGUCGCCAGUCAUAGAGAGAUAGAUGGAGAGCUGGUUUGCAGUCAGAGGCAGAAAUACCUGCAGAGAGCAACAGGAGGAGAGAGACAGAGAAAGAAAGAGGAGAGAGAGAGGCACACAGCCUGGGUGCUCAUGUGCUUGAGGGAACAAACAGACAGUAAGAGUGAUGCAGUGGUUUUCAGAAAGUUUACAAUAAUCUGGUAGAAUGGUAACAGGUGGAAAACUUGAACUAGUAAAAGAAUAAGCUAAAGUUAAAGGCUUAAAGGUGAGUUUGAAGUUUGGAUUUAAAAGCUUCAACAGAGUAAAGAGGAAGGGGUCUUUUGAAGUCUCCAUGAAACAAAGGUGUGAAUUAAGAUUUCUGUAUCGGCCAUAGACAGAAAGCACAGAAGUUCAGCUACAUUACAGAUGACAAAAAGCUGUGUUGGUGAUGUCUUUAUUCAGUAUCAUGCUAAAUCAUGUCUCUCUUUUCAGAGCUCACUCCCUUGCUGACAGGAAACGGCGAUGAAACAGGCAGCAAAACCAGCGAAGGAGGGGCGCUCCGGCAGCGAGCAAUGUGACUGACUGCUGGCACGGCGAUGGACACCUGGACAAAGAAGUUUCUUUGGGAAAGUGACUUCACCACUGUCCCGUGGUGCAUCCACAACUCAUGACCCUCCUGACCUGGCGGAGGGAUAAAAAUGGCGUGGGCGGAUGCAGCAACGGCGUGGGUGUUAUCAAAGCUCCAUCUCAUCUUCUAGACAUUCAUCAACAUGAAAUCCACACUCAAAUGAUUUAGUGCCUAUCUUUGAGUGAUGACACUAAGACAAGAUACUGGAAGAUGUCAGAUUUCCAGAGUUGUAGGCAAACACUCUGAACUAUAAGUUCCCAUAUUUAGCAUUUAGCAUAUGCAAUAUACUGCAAAUAUAAACAUUUAAUAAAUGACUUGUAUCACUAUACUGUAGUUGUACCCAGAUAUAAGGACAUUUUAAAGUGUUUAUUAAUGUACAGUAUUUGUCUGAAAUUCUAACUUCUUCCAUGAAUCAUGUUUUAUAUUAUUACAGCUGAGUUUUGCUAUUUUGUCACUCAUACUCCGGCCUCUUAUGGGUGUCCAUACGAACUCACAGUUGUUCAAAAAUACAUAAACAUUUACUAUAUCUGCUCACAAAUACAUGAGUUGUGAUAUAAGCCAUUUAUUAAAUGUUUAUAUCCUACUUAUAAAUGCAAAAUAAGGGGACUUAGAGUAAAUUGUCACAGAAUCAUCAGACUAUUAAGGACUAGUCCAUGUUUGUUUCUGAUUUAAUAGUAAAAACACUACAGAACCCUGUUCUGCUGUCAGGAUGUGAUAAAUAUUUACAUGUUCAUACAGAUAUCAGAGAUGCUUUUAAAGGACUUGUUUUUGACUCACAACCCAUGUUUUUAAUUAAAAUAGAGUGAGUUUAUUUCCUUUUCAUAUUCCCUGUUACUUCAUGUCAAUCACAUGCCUGAUACAUUUUCUGUGACUGUUUAAAGUAAAAGCAGUACAGUGAGUAUGCAGUAGAUGUUGUUGCAGUGCUGCCUAAACCAGAAGCAUAUUUAGGGUAGGGG